AAAAGGUCCCACCUUCGCUUUUUUCCAGCAUCUCUCUUCCUUCAUCUGCCAAUUCCCGGAUCCCUCACUUAUAUGCGCUUUCGCCGACGGUAAUACCAACUUCCUUCCGCCCAACCCCCCUCCGGCCCCCGGAUUCAAUCGUAAUUCCGGCGCCAUGGGGACCGGUAAGAAGGAGCGCAACCGGAAAAUCCGCGAGGGCAAAACCUCGGAUGGCAUGAAUAAUAUCAAGGUCAAGGGCGAGAACUUCUAUCGCUCUGCCGCGCGAGUCAAAGCCCUGAACAUUCGGAAGGAUGGAGCCAAGCCGAGACGCAACGCCGACGGGAAGAUCGUCCAGGCUGCCAAGUACCAAUCGAGAGACAUUCCUUCGGCGAGGGUCGAGCCGAACAGGCGAUGGUUUACCAACACCCGCGUCAUCUCCCAGGAUGCCCUCACGGCCUUCCGCGACGCCAUGGCCGAGAAGGCUAACGACCCCUACCAAGUCCUCCUCAAGUCAAACAAGCUGCCCAUGUCUUUGAUAAGGGAUAACUCGGACACGAAGAACGGCCUGAAGCAGCACAAGGCGAAGAUGGCCAUCGAGAGCUCGCCCUUCUCCGACGCCUUCGGCCCUAAGGCUCAGCGCAAGAGGGUCAAGCUGGACGUGAGCAAUCUGGUGGACCUUGCUGAAGACACUGAGAAGAGCAUGGACGUGUACAAGGAUCGUCUUGAGCAGGCGAAGCUGUUGAGCGGAAACUCGGGAGUGGAUCUCGAGGGGGCUAGCGAGAGUCGACCUGCUGAAGAGGACGCUCUCACUGUGGCUAUCGAGCCUAUCUUCUCUAAGGGGAAGAGUAAGAGGAUUUUUAAUGAGCUCUAUAAGGUUCUCGACGCCUCGGACGUUGUCAUCCACGUACUCGACGCCCGCGAUCCUCUCGGUACCCGUUGUCGGAGCGUGGAGAAAUAUCUGAGAGAGGAGGCGCCGCAUAAGCACCUCAUCUUCGUCCUUAACAAGACGGAUCUAGUUCCAACGAGCGUGGCCGCUGCCUGGGUCCGCAACCUCUCCGCAGAGUACCCGACUCUUGCCUUCCAUUCGAGCAUAACGAAUCCCUUUGGAAAAGGCUCACUAAUCCAACUUCUUCGCCAAUUUUCGUCCUUGCACUCAGAUCGCAAGCAGAUAUCAGUCGGCUUGAUAGGGUAUCCUAACGUCGGAAAAUCAUCUAUCAUCAAUACAUUACGGAAGAAGAAAGUCGCUAAGGUAGCCCCCAUUCCGGGCGAGACCAAGGUCUGGCAGUAUGUUACGUUAACGAAACGAAUCUUCAUGGUGGAUUGUCCUGGUGUCGUCCCCCCUAAUCAGAACGACACGCCUGAGGAUAUCUUGCUUCGCGGCGUCGUUCGUGUCGAGAUGGUGGAGAACCCAGAGCAGUACAUACCGGCGCUAUUGGCAAAAGUCAAGAAACACCACAUGGAGCGCACCUACGAAUUAACGGGAUGGGAAGAUCACAUACACUUCCUCGAGCUUUUGGCCCGAAAGGGCGGUCGUUUGCUGAAGGGUGGAGAGCCGGACGUCGAUGGGGUUGCGAAAAUGGUGUUGAAAGACUUCAUGCGCGGCAAGAUCCCCUGGUUUACGCCGGCUCCGGUUACCGAAGGGGAUAAUGGGGCGGGUAUGGAAGGCCGCGAAGGCCGACUCGGGGAGAUGUCGAAAAAGCGAAAGAGGGACGACCUAGAGAGCGUUCCUGAUACGUCGAUAGCGCCAUCAAUCGCUACGUCCGCACCAGAGGAAGAAGAGGAGGGGAGUGUGAGUAGAGGAGAGAAAAAAGACUUUGAAGGCUUUAGUGAUGGUAGCCAGCCGACGUCCGAGGAUGAAGACGAUGUCGUGGCAAGCGAUGAGGACGAUAUGAUACCCCUGGAUGAGCUGAGCGAUAUUGAUGAGAGCGACGACGAAGGAGGCGAGUGAAAAACCGCCCCUAGAGAGGCUUGGUAAAAAAAAAAACCAAAGGGUUGGCUGCCGUCUCCAUUUAAGCGAGGCCUAGAAUCGGCGUGUUUGCAUCGGACCCGGAGUAGGACGGCGUGGUUAGCGGACCGGCGUGUUUGCAUUCGCAUUUCGCCGCUUUAACACUGGUGCCUGAAGACGGCAUUAUAGAUACGGAUCAUCGACGACCACAUAAGGGCGGCCCCGAAUCCCGCACUGCGAUGCCGACGCCGGGGGGUAUUCGACAUAUACCGAGGCAUUUCAAGCCGCUCAAGUCUCGUCGAGAUAUAUGGAGUGUGCAGCAGAUUUACAGUGCGGAGAUGUUGAGACCCCCUCGUCCCCACCCCAUUUAGAAGCAUAGGCAUAUACACGUAUGGCUUCUUUGCGACGGCAUGUCGUGAAUCGAAUAUGCGUUG